AUGAUUAUGAAAAAGAGUAGACUGAGUAGUUCUAUUUUGUCAAUUUUCAUUUUUGCAGAUAGAUUUGAUAUUUUCUUGAUGAUUAUGGGAUUCUUGGGAGCAGCUGGUGAUGGAAUUUCAAUUCCAUUAAUGACAUAUAUCACUGCAAAGCUGAUGAACAAUAUUGGUGCUGAGAACGCCUCAAUAGUCAACUAUUUCACGCAAGUCGUCAAUCAGAAUGCAUUGGGUUUCUGUUAUCUGGCUUGUGGGCAAUGUGUUGCUUGUUUCCUUGAGGGUUAUUGUUGGACAAGAACAGCCGAACGACAGGCUUCACGUCUAAGAACAAGUUAUUUGAAAGCAGUGCUUAGGCAAGACGUGGGCUACUUUGAUUUGCAUGUGACCUCUACAACAGAUGUCAUAGCAAGCGUUUCCAACGAUAGUCUUAUAAUUCAAGAUGUCAUUAGUGAAAAGGUUCCAGUUUUUUUGAUGAAUUCAUGGACUUUUGUGGGGGCCUAUAUAAUGGCCUUCUUGAUGGUCUGGAGGCUAGCGAUUGUGGGACUUCCAUUUGCGACUCAAGCUGAGUACUCUGCUGCUCUUCAAGGGACUGUAAAAUUGGGAUUAAGGCAAGGUUUAGCCAAAGGUUUGGCUAUUGGUAGUAACAGCAUCGUCUUUGCAAUUUGGUCUUUCAUUUCUUAUUAUAGUAGUACAUUGGUCAUGUAUCACGGCGUUAAAGGAGGAACUGUCUUUGCAGUUGGUGCCACUAUUGCCAUUGGUGGAUUAGCAUUGGGUACUGGUUUGUCUAACCUUAGGUACUUCUCUGAAGCAAUUGCAGCUGGAGAACGCAUAAUGGGAGUCAUAUCAAGAAGAUUUUAUGAUCCACUCAAUGGUGAAGUUCUUCUUGAUGGGGUUGCCAUUGAUAAGUUGCAACUGAAAUGGCUAAGAUCGCAGAUGGGAUUGGUCAGUCAGGAGCCAGCCCUAUUUGCUACCACAAUUAAAGAGAACAUACUUUUUGGUAAAGAGGAUGCAUCUUUUGAAGAUGUUAUUGAGGCUGCCAAAGCUUCUAAUGCUCAUAAUUUCAUUACUCAAUUGCCUCAAGGUUAUGAUACUCAGGUCGGUGAGAGAGGAGUACAACUAUCUGGAGGUCAGAAGCAAAGAAUUGCUAUAGCAAGAGCCUUAAUCAAGGAACCGAGAAUUCUCCUACUUGAUGAGGCAACCAGUGCUCUAGACUCCGAAUCAGAGCGAGUUGUUCAAGAAGCACUUGACAAGGCUGUGGAAGGACACACCACCAUCAUCAUAGCACACCGUCUUUCCACCAUCCAAAAUGCUGACAUCAUUUCUAUUGUCCAAAAGGGAGAGGUCAUGGAGAUUGGCUCACAUGAGAAGCUUAUUGAGGAUAAAAAUAGCUUGUACAGUUCGCUUGUCUGUCUACAGCAAAUUGAGAAUGAAAAAGAAUCUGCAAAUAUUAAUAGUGUUGCUGCAUCAAUAUCCACUGCAAACAAUAUUCAGAACUCAGAUAGUAAAAGACUAUCAAUUGUAGGUGAGGCCAGCACAAGUAACAUAGCAGCACAAAACAGAGGAGCGAAGUUUGCAUCAAAUUCCUCCUGGAAGCUCGCAUUGGUAAUGAUAGCAGCACAACCCAUUAUCAUAAUUUGCUACUAUUGCAAGCGUGUCCUACUCAAAAGCAUGUCCAAAAAAGCUAUCAAAGCCCAAGAUGAAAGUAGCAAGCUUGCAGCGGAAGCUGUUUCCAAUAUUCGUACUGUCACAGCCUUCUCCUCACAAACAAGAAUUUUGCAGAUGCUCAAGAAAGCCCAAGAAGGGCCACAAAAGGAAAAUAUUCGCCAAUCAUGGUUUGCAGGUAUAGGGCUUGGGACCUCUCAAGGCCUCAUGACAUUAACUUGGGCUUUAGAUUUUUGGUAUGGUGGUAAACUGGUUGUAGAAGGCUUCAUGGGAUCAAAAGCACUCUUCCAAACGUUCAUGAUCUUGGUGAGCACAGGCCGUGUUAUAGCUGAUGCUGGGACUAUGACAAAUGAUCUAGCUAAAGGUUUCGAAUCAGUAGGGUCAGUUUUUGCAGUGUUGGAUCGGCGUUCCUUAAUUGAGCCAGAGAACCCAGAAGGUUACAAGCCUAAUAAGUUAACUGGCCAUGUGGAGUUGCAAAAUGUUGAUUUUGCCUACCCUGCAAGGCCCAAAGUAAUGAUCUUCAAAGGCUUUUCAGUCAUAAUUGAAGCUGGAAAAUCAACAGCACUGGUUGGAGAAAGUGGAUCUGGAAAAUCAACUAUAAUAGGUUUGAUUGAAAGAUUUUAUGACCCACUUAAAGGUGUAGUAAAUAUUGACGGCCUAGAUAUGAGGUCAUAUGACUUAAGGUCACUGAGGAAGCACAUUGCACUUGUAAGCCAAGAGCCCACACUAUUUGCCGAUACCAUACGUCGAAACAUCACUUAUGGAGCAUCAGAACACAUCGAUGAAGCUGAGAUCAUCGCAGUAGCAAAGGCAGCAAAUGCCCAUAAUUUUAUUUCAGGUUUGAAGGAUGGGUACAAUACAUGGUGCGGCGAUAGAGGGCUGCAACUAUCUGGGGGGCAGAAGCAACGAAUUGCAAUAGCACGUGCCAUUUUGAAAAAUCCAGCGAUAUUGUUACUAGAUGAGGCCACAAGUGCGUUAGACUCGCAUUCGGAGAAGGUGGUGCAAGAUGCAAUUGAGCGUGUGAUGGUGGGGAGGACUAGUGUAGUUGUCGCACACAGGCUAAGUACCAUACAAAAUUGUGAUAUGAUUGUUGUUUUGAGCAAAGGGAAAGUGGUAGAACAAGGUACUCACUCUUCCUUGUUAGCUAAAGGACCAAAUGGAGCAUACUAUGCAUUAGUUAGUGCCCAAAGAUCUCCUUGCACUCAAUCAACUAAUUGA